AUGCGAUACUCGAAAAAGGAACACGAUAUAUUCAUGUACCAGUACAUACAAGGCGGCGCAGAAUUGUAUGAGGACUUUCAGAGAGCGAACACUGUAUGCCCCAGCAAGCGAACGAUUCAGAGAUCACUGCAGAAGAAAGCUCAAAGCUUCGAAGAAGGAAAAUUGCUGAUCCACGAGUUGGUUGAGUUUUUGGAUAGGAAUAACCUCCCGAAAGUAGUUGUACUCAGCGAAGACGCAACAAAAAUAAAUGGCCAAGUCGAAUAUGACCAUAACAGAAGACGCACCUGUGGACUUGUGGCACCAAUAAUGGAAAACGGCAUGCCACAGUGUAAUAUCUUUGAAGCUACCAGCCCGCUGAAGAUUAUCCAAGAUAUCAACAAUUACCCAGUUGGUCGAAACGUCUACGUGUGCAUGGCACAACCACUCGAAGAAGGAGCACCGUCUUUCUGCGUUCAGUACUUUUGCAGCGAUAACAGGUUUAGCACGCAGGAUGUCAGCAACCGAUGGGACUUCUUUGAUAGGGAAUUCAGUGCAGAAGGAGUACGUGUAGUUGGGAAAUCAACCGAUGGUGAUCCACGAGCGAUAGGAGCAAUGCUCGAUGCUAUGGAAAUGCCCAACCUUGUUCAAAGUAUUUACGGCGAACACUUCUGUGCAAAAGCACACAUAAAAUCUGUGCUCCUCCAGGACCCGACCCAUACAUCAAAUAAACUACGAGUAAAAGUACUGAAGAAAGAUGCGGAGCUUAUCUUGGGGAAAUACAAAGUAUCCAGAGUACAUCUCGAACAGCUUAUUGAUAAAAUUGAUAAGACUGUACACGGGCUAUCAGCGACUGACAUCAACGAAAGUGAUAAAAUGAAGUUCCAGCCGGCGGAGAAGAUGGCCCAACAACGCGUAAUCGAUGCCCUCCAUGAUGAGAUUCCGGAUAGUGAUGCGACUGUCUUAUAUCUUACAAUGAUGAAAGACAUAAUGGAGGUUUUCAUCAAGAACUCCUCUAGGGAUGUCGUCUCCCCCACCGAAGCUGUGGUCAAAAUCUGGUAAAUGAGAUUUUUUUAAUUAGGAUUUUUUAAAUAUAAGAAUUCCAGAUUUUUUUCACAUCAAAUCAAAUCAAUCAUUAGAAUUCCACAAUUUUAGAAUUGAGAAAUUAAAUAAAUAAAGAAUUUUAAAAUUUAGAUUUAAAUUUCUAUGAUUUCAUAAUCUAAAAAAAUCAAAUUCUGUAAUUUUAUAAUGUUUAUAUAUAGAAUUAUAGAAGUUUAUGUUUUUUUAUUUUGAUUUUUUUUUAUUUUUAAGGAUUUAAUUAGCUGAGAUAUUUUUAAUUCAAUAAUUUUCGUCUUUUCAUUUCUAUAAUUUUUGUCUUUAGGAAUCUUAGAAUUGUAGAAUUAUAGAACUUUAGAAUUUAAUAAUCUUAGAAUACACAUUUAUGUAAUUAAAGUUAUUGCAAUAUGACACUUGUUUUUAUUUUCAGGCACGUGGUGUUCGUGUUGCGCGCCUGGAGGAACUACUGCGUAAGGAAGUUCAACGGUCUUAAGCACACGGUAACAACCAAUACGUAUUGGUGUGUUGAACUAAAUGCCCAUAGUUUGGUCAAUUAUAUUGCAUUGUGUCGCGAGGAAGACCUACAAUACUUGCCUGAUCUUCUGCAGAGUCAAACGUGCGAGAGUUUUUUUCGUACAGCGCGAUCCUUCACGAGUACUGAAUCAACCGUUGUAAAUUUUACAAUGAAAGGAUUUGAAUCGAAGCUGAACAGGAUUCAGGCCAAAACGGACGUCAGCCAUGAUAAGAAACACGGAUUUAGCUUCCGUCGUGUGGACAAGAAGAUUGAUCAACCAAAACGCAAUUGUACUCUACCAACUACCUCAGAAAUACGGGAAUUGAUAGAAAGUGCUCGAGACCAAGCCUACUCAGAACUAAUUCAUCUUGGACUCGAUGACGCGGAAAUCGACUUUAAAGAAAGCAUACUUCUACGACCACGUGCAUCGAGGAACAAGAACAGCGAAACUGGACACUACGAAUUCGUCGACGCGGGUUCUUUUGAAUCAGAUGAUGAAGAAUCAGAUGGAGAAAAUGAAGAAGAAUCGCUACAGCCGGACCAACAUCAGGAAACACACGGAUCAACGAUGGCCGCAAAUUUUGAAUUUGUUGAUGCUACGACCAUGGACUUCGAUGGAGAGGAAAAUCUGGACCCAGCUGGACGUGUAGAUGAUGACCGCUUGGAAGAUGUGUUUGAUCCAGAUAGAGUCUACGACGUCCAAGACAUUUUUUCAGACCAAACAAAAAAGUUCAAUCUCGCCAACUCACGUCACCCGAAUCCCAAGCAUUCGUUCAAAAUUAAAAAUUCCAGCGGAAAAAUUGUCCACAUAAAUAUCAAAACAUUUUUGUGGAUGAUUCAAAACGGCCCGAUUCGCUGUAACGUCGACAGGAACAAACGCUUUCACGAAACAUCGAUACAGAACACCUCAACACGCUGCACCGUUAAUGAAGUUCAGGAAUCCAUACACCGUGGCGACUGGGUUGCACUUAAAAGUGAUACGGUUUUGAUAAUAGCACACGUUCACGGCUUUCGGUAUUUGUCUGGAAAGAGAACUGUUUUUACUUUAGAUGAGUGCCCUGUAAAUCCUCCAAGUGGGAGUAGCGCGAGAGGGGUUGGUGUAACAGGAAAUUUUUACACUCUGGGUGAUAGCAAUACAUUGCUGUUGAACACGAACUUGCUGCACGAAUGUAUUAACAUACAAAACUAUGUCACUCACAUAGAAACCCCACACCACAAUGGGUCUGCGUGGGUACUGUCAUCUAACCAAUUAGAUUAUGUUUGAGCUAUGGUAGAAAUUCGAGCGACACCAAAAGUAUUAAAUUAGUGAGAGGUUCUAUAGAAUAUCGUAGCAGUAAGAUUUUUUUUCUUGACAGUAAAGAUACAUGAAUUGCACUGCAUUAUAAAUUUUGUUUUAACUAGUUUGUCGAAUCACAAAUAAAGUGGAAUAAAAACUAUUUUUUGCCUCGCCUUUGUUUUGUAUUCACCAUUGUCAACAGUUUGUAGUGCUGUUAAACUUGAAAAUUUAAAAACUAAUCUUUUGCCGAAGGAAAUUAAACUGAAUAAAAUAAAAUAAAUACAUCUUUUUCUUAUAAUUACAUUUCAAACUGGCCCAAACUUUUCCCACUCAAGUUGAACAUGUCGCGGGGUGGGUAAUCUUCUUGCGCAUCAUGUUGAACCAGUCAUUUCGAUGCGCGAGACCAGUGACUCGGGAACGUCCAGCUUGGAGUAGCCGCCCUUGUUGAAUGCUGCCAGCACCACAUCCAGCACUUGAGCCGGUUCAUUUCACGGAAUACUGCCCAUCCGCAACACUGUGCAGAUCUUCGUAACCGGUGGCUCGGGCGGGAAAUUUCCACCCUUGUUGAACUCCGUCACUACGAGCAUCGACGCCGGCAAAGUGCUACUGUUGUUGCCGAGGUUGUUGCUCAUGUCCCCACGGGGGUCCAGAUUCUACGCGCCCGCGUGACCAUUUGUAUCAGCAAGGAGAAGAAACCAGAGAAUCUCCGCACGACGUUUGAUGUCAGUCUGCAAAAGAACUAGAAUUCAGCCCUCUAAAUCCUACAGUUAGAUCCGGACAAAUUUCACGUUUGCACUUAGCUGCUCGUACAGGCCCUAAAAUAGAUGUAAACCCUGACGGCGCCAUCGCUGGACACGAGCUGGUUCAUGUUAAGGGAAAGUCCAAAUGUAGCCGGUGAAGGUUAAUUGCUGAAGAUCACAACCUUGUUGUCUAAGCUCUGGGAGGCUAGCCUCUUAUCGUACGGGGGGUGACUGCGAGCAUUCACAGCGCAAGCUUUUGUCGUCGGAGGUCGUCACGAAGCGCCGGUUUCCGUUGACGAAGUUGACCAAUCCUAGAUGACAGUCGUACUCCUGGACGUUAUCGCCACUGCGGGUGUCCCACUGUUAGAAAAGGAAAUUUGAAGUUUCUUUUCCAUUUUAUUUUUCAGUUAAAGUAAGUUCCUGCCACAAAUAGAAGCUGUUUGUGGAAAUCCGAGUCGAACUUUACACAAAACUGAAUCUUCCGAGAGUUAAAGCUUAACACGACGUCACCCCUUUCGGUGUCCGACAGCCCUCUCACACGGCCUGCCGGAGGCGCCGAUCGUUAUAAAUCUUCCAGAUAUUGAUCAGGGUGUCCAUACUGCAAGACAGCAGAAGAUGGGUCGAUUUAGGAAACCACCGGAACCACCUUGGUGACCGACCCUGGCCUAAUUGGAAGCUUUCGGCAGGAAGCACCGGUAGGGGGCACCACUCCUGCGCGAAAAAACCCGGCAUCGUGCGGUGAAUGCAAAAACGAUCGACCUUGACCAAUCGGUUCAUCCUCAGUCACGCGGUUCCGGCGCUGCUUUUUGGCCAUCAUCUCCGCAAUCUCAGCCCGCCCGGUCCCGUCUCGUGCGUUUUUAACACAUAUUCUUCAUCCUCGUACUUCCCCACGGUCUCAGGUCCGAUCCGCUCUGGUAGAUUCAAACAACGGCUUUCCGUCAGUGGAGCCGCACAAAACCUCCAACGUUUUCGAGUGGACUAGCAAGCAAAAAAAAACUUUCCGGAUUGCCUUGAUUAUUUUGGUAACGAAAACUGCAGGAAAAAAAUCAAAACAAAAAAUGGGUUGCCAAACCCGAUAAAAAAACUACUCGAUUUAGGACGGCAAGGUUGCAAGAUCGAUUUGAUUUUGUUCAAAAGUCGAGCAGACGUUGGUCGCUUUAACUCGCUUUAACGCGCGUUAACUUGCGAUAACUUGCUUUAAGGUGGCGUUAUGUGAAAACUCGGCACGAUGAGUAGCGUUGAUGCUUUUCGAGCUCGUUUUUGUGCGUUUUAGUGUGUUAUCGCGGAGUGACGUCCCCCUCGG